GCUGCGGCAACUAUACACACUCGCACGUUCAACCCAGUGCCCGACCUGAGCGUGGGGCAAACGACAGUGCACGAGGUUGGAAAGGUGGGGCGUGAUGGAAGGUCCUCUCUGCAAGGUGGCAACAUAGAUGGGUGUCGUCGGCCACCUUCCUUUUCUCGAGGUGCGGAAUCAUCCAGUGACAUGGAGAGGACGCCGGACGGUGUUGCCCCCCUCUUUGGCAUCGCCUUCGACUGCACCGCGACAAACGGUGGCCACCCUGGUAGUGAACAGAAGUGUCAACAGACUGGAGGAAGGUGGCAGGCAGGUGUGGGAGUCAUAUCGGCGACAAAUGCGUCAAGCGAGCGUGGAGAACAUAACGAAUGGGGUGUCGAGGAUGCGUGUGGCAAGCGAAGAAAAGAAUGUGGAAGACUCCCUGCGGGCGAGUGAUUACGAAUCUCCAGAUGUUCUUUGCGAAGAGGAAGUGGAAGACGUUGAGGACAUGGAGACUCGACUUGUGCCUAUGCAUGGUAGAGAAAGGGGUGGAGGCAUGCGUCAAGAGAAGGUCGUUUCCCAUUAUGGUCAUCGAUCGAAGGGUCCGGCAGGCGAGAAGGGUGGGAAACAUCCGCCGUGGGGUUUUGGGAAGAUGAUCAAGCUCGCUCGAGCGAAGAGGAAUCAACAAGCUCAUUUCGAGGCCCUGGGCAUGCAACACAACUACGAGCGGAUGCGUAACAGGGAAUGGAAGCUGCAAGAACCGCAAAAGUGUUUGAUGGAAGUGGGGAUGAACAAGACCACUGGCGACAUUGGUAAGAAAUGGGAUAACCUCUUCCAAUAGUGUAAGUAAGUGCAACGGUAUCAGAACCCCUUUGGGGUGAAGAACUUCAACUUGACACCUGCGUUGAGAACGAAAGAGGGCGUCAACCUAAAGAUCGA